AACCGCUCCAUUUUUACAACCAAUCACACGGAGUUAUGUAUGUGGACGUGAAGCUCACCGCAAAACUCAAAUCUACCAGGAAGAGCAUCAUGUUCGCUCGAGUCGCUCGCGUCGCCUCGCUUACUGCCGUCCGCCGCACGCCCUCGUUGGGCCUGCGUGCGCUGCAGAGCCGCGAGAAGUCAUCGAUCUCCAACUUGCUGAAGCGUGAGAUUGAGGAGGAAAAGGCCAACUGCUUCGAGGAGGAGGAACUGGAGAACCUGCGUCUUAAGGUUGAGAAGGUGUUCAAGCUGCAGGAGACUCCUGGCUGCAUGGACGUCGUGCUGCAGGGCACAGUGGGCGCCGACUCGAUCAAGAUCAAGUUCAACGCGCAAGAUACCGUGGAACUCGAGGAAGACGAGGACUAUGAGGAUGAUGAGGGAGAAGAUAGCACUGAGAUGGACGAGGAUUAUGAAGACGAGGAAGAGGAGGACGAGCUCCCAGGUAUCCGUUUCACAGCCGACAUCACGCGCGACAACAAGGGCAUGCAGUUCGACUGCGUGGCCAGCAGCAACCUCACGGUGGAGCGCUUGCGCUACCUCAAGGACUUCGCCAAGGACGCCGAGGACGAGACGCUGUACUUUGGCCCCAACUUCAUCGACCUGGAACUCGACGUGCAGGACCAAUUUUACAACUUCCUGGCCGAGCGCAACAUCGACGACGAGUUGGCGCAGUUCAUUACGCAAUUCGCCGAUUUCAAGGAGCAACGCGAGUAUCUGGCGUUCCUCGAGGACACCGAGACGUUCGUCAAGCACUAAAACACACACUCGUCCUCUUUACAGGGUCGAAUUGCAGUGCAUUGCCUUCUUGUCUAACCUUGCAUCCGAGACAUGACGUUCUGCAUGAGCUGCGAGACCUUGGGGUUCGACAUGUGACGCGUUGCAGCGGACGGUCCUUCGUUGUCCACGUCACGGAAGAAAUCCGCCAAGUCCGGGUCCGAUCGUGCUGC